AAAAAAUCAAACUGAACUUAAUUUGUAUUUUCUUCAAAAUUGCCUGCAAUUAAUCUCCAGAGUUUUGAUGGUAUCAGUUUAGAAAAGAAGAGCAGAAAAAAGGAAAAGAUAGUUUCCAGUUUUAUAGGCUUGGCUAACCUUAACCAAGUGCUUAAUUCAUACGUAUGGGUUAAGCUAAAUUGUCACAGUAUUGGCGCCUUUAUAAAAUUUUCAAGAUUAUAUAUAUCUUGAGAAAUUGAUCAAAUUACAAAUAUAUUUGAAUAUGUUUUGAAUUUUCUUGUUGAAGUCGAUAAUGGCUAGUUAUAGUUUGAUAAAAUCAGUUGUUGUAGUAAUUUUAUUCUGGUUUUCAGCAACUGAAGCAGCUCGUAAACGCGGUGAUGGCCAUUGCCAAUCCAUGGCAGCUUCACAAGGCUACAUUUGCCAAGAACAUAAAGUUACGACAGAAGACGGUUACAUUCUAAGCAUGCAGAGAUUGCCUGCUGACAGCUUCGGUACGCCAUCAUACAAGCCUCCGGUUCUACUCCAACAUGGAAUUCUGAUGGAUGGUUCAGCAUGGCUAUUCAAUUCUCCGGAUCAAUCUUUAGCUUUCAUAUUGGCAGACAAUGGCUACGACGUGUGGAUUAGUAACACUCGCGGGACUACAUAUAGCCGAGGACAUACCUCUCUUUGUCCUAGCGCUCCGGAUUAUUGGAAUUGGUCGUGGGAUGAAUUAGCUACUUAUGAUCUUCCUGCGAUAUUCAACUAUGUUCAUAAUCAGACAGCGCAGAAACUUUACUAUGUUGGCCAUUCCUUGGGAACUUUGACGCUUAUGACUUCCCUUUCACAAGGAAAGUUGAUAGACAUGUUAGGAGCAGCUGCUUUGCUUAGUCCAAUUGCAUUCCUUAGUCACACCACAUCGCCUCUCGCUCAAGUUUCUUCCGAUUUAUUUAUAGCCGAGGUGACCUAUUGGUUGGGCCUGCAUGAAUUUUUUCCGGGAGGGGUUGCUACUGCCAAGUUUUUUAAAGAUAUUUGCGUUGACCAUAAAGAGAUAAAUUGCACUAACAUAGUGACUGCUUUUUCAGGUCCAGAUUGCUGUUUGAACACUACGGGAGAAAAUAAUUUCGUACCUGAACCAACUGCCACCAAAAAUAUGAUCCAUUUGUGUCAAAUGAUAAGAAGAGGAAAUGUAGCAAUGUAUGAUUAUGGGAACAUAAUAGAGAACAUGGUUCAUUACAAGCAGCUAACUCCACCAACAUACGAUCUGACUAUGAUUCCCAAUAAUAUUCCGCUAUUUCUCGGGUCCGGAGAUAAGGAUUUUAUGGUUGAUGAAAGGGAUCUGCAGAUUCUACUAAACAAGCUUCAAGAUCAUGAUGCUGACAAGCUAACGAUACUGAAGAUACCGACUUAUGCGCAUUUUGAUUUCAUUUUCGGUAUGAAUGCUAAUCAAGUUGUGUAUGAUCCUCUUAUGGAUUUUCUUGAUUCAAUUCAAUAGUGACAUUUAUAUAAUUUGUAUUACGGAUUGAGUUGAUUGAACAAUUUAAUGUAAUAACUCAAAGAUUAUCAUAUGCCAAUUCAAUUCACGAGGAUUGUAUUUGGAUCAAA